AUGAUAUUGAAGUUCCUCGGUUCAAAUGGACGUGGUUCUAUCAGUAACGCAAUUAGAGCCCUGAACUACGCGGUUGAGCAUGGUGCUAAUGUAUCCUCUAACUCCUAUGGGGGAACAUAUAAAACUGAAACCGCGAGAGUCGCAUUCGAGAAUGCCGCGGCUGCUGGACAUGCUAUCUUUGCCGCUGCUGGAAACUCCGGGAAAAAUCUGAAGAGUUGGCCAUCCUAUCCUUGCGAGUUCGCAGAGAACAUCACGGGUAUGCUCUGUGUCGCGGCCAGUACUUCCGACCCGGAUAGGCCCGCCUCUCUCGCAGACUGGUCGGACGCUGGAUCGGUUACUAAGAUCGCCGCUCCUGGUGUGUGGAUCUAUUCGACGUUUCUCGCAGGACAAUACAAUUAUAUGAGUGGUACUUCGGCUUCGACGGCUACAGCUGCCGGUGUCGGCGCCUUGAUCAGUAGCUUGGGAGAAGCUGGUGGAAACUUAACUGAGGUCCUUCUCAAGUCUAAAACAGCUGGUAUUCCCAAUAAUUUCAACCUUACCGAUGUCGGGGAGAUUGAUGCUCUGGGGGCAGUUGAAAUCAGCCGAUGA